UGUUCUGUGACCUGUGGAGACGGUGAAGAAACUAGGGAUGUUUACUGUGGUGAGAAAGAUGACCCAUCUGAUGACCUCUUGUGUCAGGAGCAAGAAGCGCCAGAUGCGGUUAGAGAUUGUUAUAAGCAUGAAUGUCCACUGGAAUGGUCAGUUGGUGAUUGGUCCCCGUGCUCUCAGUCAUGUGGAGAAGGUUUAAGAUACAGGAAUGUCUUCUGUGGGGUUGAAGAAGAAGAUUAUGACGAUUAUCGCUGUGUUGAGGAAUAUAAACCCAGCGACACCAAACCAUGUUUUCUUGGUGAUUGUCCUCUGGAAUGGACAGUUGGUGAAUGGCAAGAGUGUUCACAAUCAUGUGGAGAAGGUAUGAGGUAUAGAGAUGUAUUCUGUGGAGUUGAAGAAGAUUAUGAUGACUAUCUUUGUAAUGAAGAAAUAAGACCCAGCGACACUCAGCCAUGCUUUCUUAGAGAUUGUCCCGUGGAAUGGACAGUUGGUGAAUGGCAAGAGUGUUCUAAAACGUGUGGAACUGGUAUUGAGAAGAGAGUAGUUUAUUGUGGAGAUGAAGAAGAUGAAACUGAUGACCAUCUUUGUUCCAAUGAUCCACCAUCUGCUACUAAAUUCUGCAAUAAAGGCAAAUGCAAGCCUCUAAGACGACCACGCUGUGAAAAGGAUAAGUAUAGUUUCUGCCGAACUGCAAAUGCUAAAAAAUGUAUAUUUGGUGGUUUUAAGAAAAUAUGUUGCAAAUCGUGUAGUAAACUAGCUGGUGCCGCAUACCGGAGGAUAGCUGCAUUGCGAAGAUUUGCCAAAGCCAGACGACAGUCCAAACGUCGAAGAAGAUUCCGUUCAAGAUUAACAAGAAGAAAAAAUAGACGUCGUUCAUAA